GCAAGAUCAAACAAAACAUAUACAGUUUAGAAAUUUUUAGUGAUGCCUCAACUAUGGGAUGGGGUGCUGCCUGUGGUGAGGAACGGGCAAGCGGGAUGUGGACGGAGAGUGAACGCUCUUGCCAUAUCAAUUACUUAGAAAUCCUAGCUGCCUUUUUAGGUCUUAAAACUUUUGCUAAGUCUUAUCACAAAUGCCAAAUUCUCCUAAGAAUAGAUAACACUACGGCUAUCUCGUACAUUAAUCGCAUGGGAGGCGUACAGUUUCCUCACUUAACGAGCGUAACACGAGAAUUGUGGCAGUGGUGUGAAAAACGUCACAUAACUGUAUUCGCGUCUUACAUAAGUUCGACUGAUAACGCCGUUGCAGAUGCAGAAUCGCGGCGUAUACACCCAGACAUUGAAUGGGAAUUGUCUGACCAAGCGUUUCAAAAGAUUGUCAGAAAAUUUGGGGCCCCUAGCAUAGAUUUAUUUGCCAGUAGGAUCAAUAAAAAAUGUUUGAAAUAUGUAUCUUGGCACAGAGAUCCCGACGCAUGCGUUAUAGAUGCCUUUACAAUAUCGUGGUCAUCCUUUUAUUUCUACUGUUUUCCACCAUUCGCUAUGAUAUUAAAAGCGUUGCGGAAAAUUAUUGAUGACAAAGGUGAGGGUAUUAUGGUAGUGCCUUUAUGGCGGACACAACCUUGGUACCCUCUUUACAUGAGCCUCUUGAUAUCGGACCCCUUAAUUCUGCAACCAUCUAAUGACCUGAUUAUCUCUCAUUCCAGCAAUCGAGAUGUGCACCAGAAAAUUACCCUGGUUGCCGGGAGAUUAUCAGCUCGUCAUUGUUAAGAAGAAACGUUCCUCCUGCCUCGGUACCGAUUAUGUUAGCUUCACUUGCAGGCAGUUCACUCAAACAAUAUGAUGUUUGUCUUAAAAAAUGGUUUUUAUUCUGCAAAGUAAAUAAUUUUGAUAUUUAUGAAGCUUCCGUCCCUACGGUUAUAAAAUUCCUUACGCAGAUAUACGAGUCGGGUGCAAAAUAUGCAACCAUAAAUAGUUAUAGAUCAGCACUGUCAUUGAUUCUUGGGCAGGACUUGGGUAACAAUGAUUGUAUAAAACGUUUUUGCAAAGGUAUCUUUAGACUCCGUCCACCUUUACCCAAGUAUGAUACAACCUGGGACGUAUCUGUAGUUUUAAAUUUUUUAGCUACAUUGUAUCCAAAUGAAUCGCAGAAUUUAGAUAAACUAUCCAAAAAAUUUGCUACCCUUCUGGCGCUAACAACUGCCCAUAGAGUGCAAACACUUUCAAAAAUAAAUAUUGAUAAUAUAGAAAUAUUUGCCACCAAAGUCAGUAUCAAAAUUCCUGAUCUAAUUAAAACAUCCCGUCCUGGCGCAGCUCAGCCCGAGCUUAUAUUACCUUUUUUUCGCGAAAGACCAGAAAUCUGCCCUGUUAGUGCCCUAUGUUGCUUUCUUGAGUUAACCAAGGACUUACGUAAAACUAAAAACCUUUUUAUUAGUAUUAAUAAGCCUCAUAAAUCAGUUACCUCACAGACGUUAAGUCGGUGGAUUAAGUCGAUUUUAGGUACUUGUGGAAUUGAUGUGACUACCUUCAGUGCUCACAGUACAAGACACGCAUCCACAUCAAAGGCAUAUAAGACUGGAGUUAACCUAGAUCUUAUAAGAAAAACAGCAGGUUGGAGUAAUUAUUCAACCUUUGCUAGAUUCUAUAAUCGAAAUGUAAACGAAAUUGAUAAACAAGAUGAUUCUUUUGGCCGAGGUGUUCUGUUAAAUGAUUAAGCUAAAAUGAUUAGAAUUAAGUACGAAAAAUGAUUGUACCUUGAUAAUUCAAUAAAAGCUAUUAUUUAUCAUUAUCAUCUUUUAAUUCCGUUGAUAUUUUCCCAACUUACUCUCAACAUCUACAUGUGAUCUAAUAUAGAAGUACAAAACCCGAA